AUGUCACCCACCACACCUCCUCCGCCGUCCCAAAGCCGCCUCUCCACGCGCAUCUCCCUCCGCUGGCCCCCGGCCCCAGCCUUCGAAAACACCGACACAAUCGUCAUGUCCGUAGCGGGCUGGUACGUCGACCUCCGCAUCGACCGCGCCACAAUCACAAUCGACUGGGCCAUCGCCGGCCAACGCGUCGUGGAUCCGAAAGACUCCACCCGCGUCCAAUUCACACACGAAGUCGACUCGCGCAAUUCCUUCGAUGACGUCGAUUGCGGGACUUUCUCCACACUGCCGAACGGGGACGAUCUUGAGAAAGGGUCGAUGCCGCGGGCGGAUCUACCCGGAAGACCUGUCUGCGAGUAUGAGGAGGUAUGGCGGGAGCUGGAGUUCCGAGCGGGGCCUGAGGGGGCGGGUAAGGGUGUUUCGUGGGUUUUGGAGUCUAAGGAUAUACUUGAUUUCAAGGACGGGGAGAAGGGCGAGGUGACUCGCACCUUUCUCGGUCGGGUCUGGGGAACUUACCUCGCUUUGCGGCAGGUGCAGAGACAGGUUCGGUCUCCGGGGUCGAAUGCUACGGUUGUUAAGGACGGAGGGGAAGUCAGCGCCCUUCGGGAGGAAUGGGAUUCCAGUCGAGGAUGGUGCACCAGAUACAACCUAUCCACGGAAGUGGACAAGCUGCCCUCCAUGAAGGAUAUGCCAGAACCACAAGCUUGGACUACGGGCCAGACAGUCACGAUCGCUGGAGUGGAGUAUACGGUACGCGCUUUCGAGGAAACCACUGCAUGAAUGGUAUGGUUGUCUAUUCACAUCGAGUCAUUAAGUCUAUGGUGGUCUGUCUAUAUACAACAUGGUUCGUCAGUUUACUGCUCGUUGCAGAGCACGUAACGGUAUCGGGCCUUGCCGGCAUCCAUGUCGAUGAUGGCGGCGUUGGCGUCCUUCAUGGGACGCUCCUCGAUCCAGGUGCGGACGUUCUUCUCCGCAGCCAGCUGCAGCAUCUCUCGGAUCUCGCUGGGGGAACCAACGAGGGAACCGCUGAACUUGACGC